GAAACAGCAAGUCACCAUCACUUGGGAACUGGUUAGAAAUACCGACUCUCAGACCUCAGUCCAGACCGAAGGAAUCAAAAUGUGCAUUUAACACCAUGGCCAGGCGCCGUGGACGUCCCUGGCUCAGCAUGUGGCGCGUCCCUCGUCUGCUCUACGUGCAAGUUGCAAGGAAGAGCAAGCUCUCGGGACCUUGGAACAGGCCUGCCGCCUUCAUGUCCACUCUGCUCAUCAAUCAGCCCCAGUAUGCUUGGCUGAAGGAGCUGGGGCUCCGCGAGGAAAACGAGGGCGUGUAUAAUGGAAGCUGGGGAGGCCGGGGAGAGGUUAUCACCACCUAUUGUCCUGCUAACAAUGAGCCGAUUGCAAGAGUCCAACAGGCCAGCAUGGCUGACUAUGAAGAAACUGUAAAGAAAGCAAGAGAAGCAUGGAGAAUCUGGGCAGAUGUUCCUGCUCCAAAGCGAGGAGAAGUAGUGAGACAGAUUGGUGAUGCCUUGCGGGAGAAGAUCCAAGUACUAGGAAGCUUGGUGUCUUUGGAGAUGGGGAAGAUCUUAGUGGAAGGUGUGGGAGAAGUUCAAGAGUACGUGGAUAUUUGUGAUUAUGCUGUUGGCUUAUCGCGGAUGAUUGGGGGACCCAUCCUGCCUUCUGAAAGACCUGGCCAUGCACUCAUUGAACAGUGGAAUCCUGUAGGCCUGGUUGGAAUCAUCACUGCGUUCAACUUCCCUGUGGCUGUGUAUGGCUGGAACAACGCCAUUGCCAUGAUCUGUGGGAAUGCCUGCCUUUGGAAAGGAGCUCCAACAACUUCCCUCAUUAGCGUAGCCAUCACAAAAUGGAGGAAAGAAAACUGCGGCAAAGGACAUUUUUGGGGACAUUUGGAGAAUUUACUUAGGAUAAUUGCCAAGGUUCUAGAGGACAACAAGCUGCCUGGUGCGAUUUGUUCCUUGACUUGUGGUGGAGCGGAUAUCGGUACAGCAAUGGCCAAAGAUGAGCAGGUGAACCUGCUGUCCUUCACCGGGAGCACUCAGGUGGGAAAACAGGUGGCCCUUAUGGUGCAGGAGAGGUUUGGGAGAAGUUUAUUAGAACUUGGUGGAAACAAUGCCAUUAUAGCUUUUGAGGAUGCGGACCUCAGCUUAGUCGUGCCCUCAGCUCUCUUUGCGGCCGUGGGGACAGCUGGCCAGAGGUGUACCACCGCUAGACGCCUGUUUUUACAUGAAAGCAUCCAUGAUGAAGUUGUUAAUAGACUUAAAAAGGCCUAUGCACAGAUCCGUGUUGGGAACCCAUGGGACUCUAAUGUUCUCUAUGGGCCACUCCACACCAAACAGGCAGUGAGCAUGUUUCUUGGAGCAGUGGAGGAAGCAAAGAAAGAAGGUGGCACCGUGGUCUAUGGUGGCAAGGUGAUGGAUCGCCCUGGAAAUUAUGUAGAACCGACCAUUGUGACAGGCCUUGACCACUGCGCGUCCAUUGUACACACAGAGACUUUUGCUCCGAUUCUUUAUGUCUUUAAAUUCAAGAAUGAAGACGAGGUCUUUGCAUGGAAUAAUGAAGUAAAACAGGGACUUUCAAGUAGCAUCUUUACCAAGGAUUUGGGCAGAAUCUUUCGCUGGCUUGGACCAAAAGGAUCAGACUGUGGCAUUGUAAAUGUCAACAUUCCGACGAGUGGGGCCGAGAUUGGAGGUGCAUUUGGAGGAGAGAAGCACACUGGCGGUGGCAGGGAGUCUGGUAGUGACGCCUGGAAACAGUACAUGAGAAGAUCUACUUGUACCAUCAACUACAGUAAGGACCUUCCUCUGGCCCAAGGAAUCAAGUUUCAGUAAAGGAUGGCUUGUGUCACCACAGAAGAAAUUUGUGGGGUGGACGGAGAUUUCGCUUCUGCCCUGCCUAGGACCUGCACCUGCAGACUGCUGUGUGGAAUUCUGUGCAGAACACGUCUGCAUUUCUUACGCAACCUCAGACCAUCUUCUUUAGCUGUUAGGCUUCUGUAAUUGCCCUUAGGUUUGCUCUCAGAGAAUAACCAAGUGUGUAGCAGCAUGUGUUCCCAGUGAACUCGGCACAGCUCACUCUCUCUUUGCUGGGAGUCCACUUCUCUUGUGAAGCUGCCCGGGAGCUCCUGGAGUGGUUCAGCCCAGGGCCCUGUCGCGCUCACUCUGGCUUCUGCAGUUCUGUCUUCCCGGCAGCCUGGGCUCCCCUGACGGGCAGCAGCCCCCAGCCCCUCCACUCCUGCCAGACUGGACUGGGGCAGAAGCCUCAGAAGAAGAAGACAUUUGUAGAGGACCUGAUGUGUCAGGAUAUGUGCAGAGAUUUAGACAACGGGCAAAGAGCUUGGGUGUGAGUUAUGUCAGAGAAGCAAGCAAAUGAAAAAACCAAGCAAGUAUCAGUGUAUCAGGGAAGGAAAGGUAUUCAUAACAUAUUCCAUGGCCCAGCCGUGACUACUGUUCACCUAGGCGUGCUGUUGUCCACCUUGAAUAUUAAGCCGAACAUGGUGAUAGGCCUUUUGAGAGCAUGUUGGCAGGAAACGUUCAGGUUUUGAUGGUGGAUCAGAAAGGCCGUUAAUGUUCUAUAGUGGAAAAUCGAUAAUGCCUAAAAUUACAAAAGCAAGACAUAGCAACCUAGGCUUAUAAAGACAGGUAGCUAAGCCUGUGAACCACGACUACUGAGCCUGCUCUUUAGAGCCUGUGUACCACAACCACCGAAGCCCGCGCGCCUAGAGCCUGUGCCCCGCAGCAAGAGAAGCCGGCGCACCACACCGAAGAGUAGCCCCUGCUCACCACAACUGGAGAAAGCCUGCGUGCAGCAACGAAGACCCAAUGCAGCCAAAAAUAAAUUUUAAAAAAAGGGAGGUAAAUUCUGAAGAAAAAUCAUUGCUUCGGGAAAGGGCAAAUCGAGGGGUGGAGCAUGGAGACAGGAGGGAUUAUUUUCCAUAGCAAGUCUUGUGGAGCUAUUUGACUCUUUACAUCAAGAGAAUGUAUAACUGAUUAAAAAUUAAAAACAACAACAAAAAAUG